UCAACCGGAAAAAGAAUCUGUAGGUCCUCACGUUUCCAACAUGGCGGUGAAUCUCACAGACCUCUCCCUGCCUCAGUUAGAAGGACUAAAAACCCAACUGGACCAGGAAGUUGAGUUCUUGACGUCUUCAAUAAGUCAGCUGAAAGUUGCCCAGAGUAAAUUUGUUGAAGCUAAAGACAGUUUGAAUGUGCUGAACCAAAACAAUAAAGGCAAAGAAAUGCUUGUUCCUCUCACCAGUUCUAUGUAUGUCCCUGGAACGUUAAAUGAUGUUGACCAUGUCUUAGUGGAUGUGGGGACUGGAUAUUAUGUUGAAAAGAAUGUAGAGGACUCAAAGGCAUUCUUCAAGCGUAAAAUAGACUUCCUUACAAAGCAGAUAGAGAAAAUUCAGCCACCUCUUCAGGAAAAGCAUGCUAUGAAACAAGCUGUGAUUGAAGUGAUGAGCCUGAAGAUUCAGCAGCUACAGCAGAGCCAACAAGCAUCACAGAUGGCUGGAACCACCAAAGCCUAAUAAAGACGUCUGUCUCCAUUCUUCAACCCUGGGCGUUUUUAAGUUUGUGUGCACAAAAGAUCAGCAUCUAACAUGCACAGACCUUGUUUCAUGCCUACUGUUGUCACAAUGAAGAAAUUGUGUGUACAAUUUUAAAUUAAUUAAAUUUGAAGUCCAGUUAGUUGCUAAUUAAAGAGGUCACAAUGGAUUCAGUGGACAUUAAAGUGCUUUUUUUUCUUGA